AUGAGCUCGUUGGGACCCUGGCUUGGCGGUGGGGGUGGUGGUGGUGUUCACGACUACUUCAGCUCACCAUUUUCCAGUGAUAUUUGGGACCCGUUCGAUUGGGGAGGUAGAAGACAAUUGGAUGCCUCCAGAAGACUCGGCGGCGGUGAUGACGCUGCUUCCGUCAUCGCAAGAACAAACGUAGACUGGCGUGAAACAGACAACGCUCACAUCUUUCGUGCUGAUCUUCCUGGACUGAGGAAAGAAGAAGUGAAAGUACAAAUAGAAGACGGGAACGUGCUUCAAAUUAGUGGUGAACAUAAAAAAGAAGAAGAACAAAAUGAGACAGAUAAGUGGCUUCGAUACGAAAGGCGCCGCGGUAAUUUCACGAGGAGAUUUCGGUUACCGGAGAAUGCUAAAGUUGAUGAUAUCAAAUGUAGCAUGGAACACGGAGUACUGACUGUUUAUGUUCCAGAACAUGUGUCUGAUCGGGACAAGCCCAGAAAUGUUAGAUCCAUCGAUAUAGCUUAG